GGAGAAGGAGCGCUGCGAGAUCCGAACGGGCUCCCGAUGGCGACGCUCGCGAACGCAGGAGACUGAAAACAGGUCAUUAAACAAUCUUGGAGGAAAAAGUAUCAAAAAUCCUUUUGAGUAAAUGAGUUAUAAUACCUGUAGCCGUUAAUAUACUGGACCACAUCUUGUUCUGGUACUCAUCACCUUCUGGCAGUUUUUGUAAUGCACAGUGACUGAGUACUAGAAAGGAAAGCUGCUGGGGUUACGUUUCCUGUGAAGAUAUCUUUUAACAAUGGCUAGCCAGCAGGAUACAGUGGGAAAGGCCAAAAAAGAAAGCCUGCCUCUGUGGUGGAGAUCCCCCCACAAAAAACGGAAGAAAAAGAGUAAAGCAAGAGCAGGAAGACCAGAUUUUACUAGUAUUCCAAGCAGAUUGCUGUCAGGAAUCACAGAGAAAGCACAGAUAACAAAGCCAGAAUUUCCUAGACAAGAAUUUGUUAGGGCGACGGAAUUUUCCAGGCCAGAAUUUGCAAUAUUUGUAGGGGAGAUAACUCCUGAAGUGGAUGAUUUCUUGCUCUUUGACUACUUUUUCAAGAGGUAUCCAUCCUGUGUAGACUGUAAAGUGGCCACAGAUCUGCUAGGGUACUCCAGGGGUUAUGGCUUUGUCAGGUUUUCUGAUGAAGGUGAUAUGAUGAGAGCCCUGCAAGAUUGUCAGAAUGCACCUGGUCUAGGUGGGAAACGAAUCCGGUUGACUUUAGGAAUUUCUAAAAGAUUGAAAACAGAAUUUCAGCGGUACCAGCCGUAUAGCUAUAAUGACUAUUACCAAGACUAUCAGAACUACUAUCGGCAGUAUAAUUAUGAUAGAAAUGAACGCUUUGAUCGCUAUGAACGCUUUGACCGUUUCGAACGAGGGAACCGUUUUGGUGAACGUUUUCCAGACCGCUACCCUGAGCAGUUUAGUGAACGUUUUCCUGAACGUUAUGCUGAGCGCUUUGGUCCCCGUUUUGGUGACCGCUAUGGUGAUUACCCAGAAUAUGGUGACUAUCCUGAAUAUGGAGACUACGCCGAUUAUGGUGACUACAACUACAGUUAUGCCGCUUAUGAAAGGAUGCAACAAACUGGAAAUAUGGGACAGCAAUCUAUGAAUCCAGCUGUAUUUCAGGAGACUGCAAUGGCUAUGAAUGAUGAUUUAAUAACAGAAGAUCCACAGCUCCAUGUAGAUGUUCACAGAAUGAACAGAGAAUUUAUGGUGAGAAGUGAAGAACUCUUUGACACACUUAUGAGCUGUCAUUGGCAGCCUUUGGAUACAGUCACAUCUGAGAUCCCUACUGCUUUCUAAAAAGUGUCUUAUGUUAACACCAUAGCAUGAUCGUUACGAGGAAGGUGCUAAAUUUACAUUUUUGACAUUACUUUAGAUUCUAAGUUUUAAAGCACAGUGAUGGAUUUUUUUUGCUAUGCUUUGA